AUGGCUUUAUCACAGACUGCUCUGAAAGAUUAUGAACUGCCACACCUAUAUAAGGCCUUAUUGACAGCUUCAUGUCUGUCAUGUGCAGAUGACCCCAUACAGUUUCUGAAAAACACUCUCAUGGCCCUGCAGGGACAUGAUAAUCUGCAGGAUGUAGACUGGCACAAGUUUGUUGAAGAUGCAGAACAACACACUGCAACAACCUCACAGACAACAGCAGCUGUGGACACUACCUAUAUGGACCCAGAUGAUACUAUGUUGUCCUUUUGUCUGUUCGAGAAGGCCUACUCCUGUUACAGGACACAUUUAACAAGCUCUUGCUUCAGGAGGUGGAAGAGCUACGCCACACAGAGUAAGAGAGAUACCAAAGAGCUCGCACUGAAGAUGGACAUGACAAAGAAGCAUUUUGAGAGGAAAUGCAAGCAAGCUGCUCUCACCAAAUGGUCGAGUUGGGUAAAAUUAUACAAGAAGAUACAGGCUGCUGCCAUCGAAAAACUUGAGCAAGUUGUUAACACUGCCCGUCUUAAGCGCAUCGUAGCUGCAUGGCAACAUGUUGCAAAGGACUCCAAGAGGACAAAAGAGUACUUCAAGAUCUUUCAGUAUCUAGAAUUACGAGACUGGAUAAACUGUGCAGAGGUGUGUUGCACAUGGAAAGCUAUCAUCCAGUCAGGAACACUGUGGAGCCAGAUCAACUUCUCUGUGGAAAAAGACUGGAUAACAGACGGCACAAUGAAGCAGAUUCUGCUGAACUACCGCCCAUUUGUGAUUCAUCUCAACCUGCGGGGCUGCACGUCCUUAAAAUGGCAGAGCUUGAAAUGUAUCAGUCAAUGCAGAAAUCUCCAGGAGCUCAAUGUGUCAGAGUGUUUCAACAUUACUGACACGAUGAUUCAGAGAAUCAUUGAAGGCUGUCCCUGCCUGCUUUACUUGAAUCUUUCUUGCACACUCGUAACAAACAAAACUCUCAGAGAAUUGUCCAGAAACUGUCUCAACCUUCAGUACCUCAGUCUGGCCUACUGCUACAGAUUCACAGAUAAAGGCUUUCUGUACCUGAACACAGGAAAGGGCUGCCACAAUCUCAUCCACCUCAACCUGUCCGGCUGCACUCAGAUGACGGUAAACGGGUUCAGAUACAUUUCUGACGGAUGCCCUUCACUCAAAGAGAUUGUGAUCAAUGACAUGCCGACACUUUCAGAUAGCUGUGUCUUGGCCCUGAUUGACAGAUGUCGCUGUCUGUCUUCCAUUUCUCUGCUGGAUGCACCUCAUCUAUCCGACAUCGCUUUCAAAGCCAUCGCUGAAGGAGCCAAACUUAAGACUUUCAGCACUGAGGGUAACAACCAACUAACAGACCUCAGCUUGAAGGCCUUGUGCAGCAGCUCGCACAACCUCAGCAGACUCCACGCUACAGAGUGCCCCAGAAUAACUGAUGCCAGCCUCAAGUCUGUGGCUAUCCUCAAAAACCUGCAACAGCUGGACAUCUCAGGUUGCAACAAAGUGACUGAUAAAGGGAUUUAUUACCUAAUCGAAGGUUUCUCAGCCACCACAUUGCGAGAGCUGAAUGUUAGUUACUGCAAUCACAUCAGUGAUAUCUCUGUCAUGAGGAUUGCAAGAAGGUUGUGUAAGCUGCACCAUCUCAACUUGAGUUACUGUGAGAGACUGACCGAUGCAGCUCUAGAGUGGCUGAGUGGCAGCUCUGUCUGCUCUAUAGACAUCAGUGGUUGCAACAUUCAGGAUCAGGGACUGGCCGCCCUCGAGAGAGUUCGAUGGAAGAAAUUAGUUCUUGCUGAAUGCGUUCGUGUCACAGAUAUUGGCAUUGAGAAGCUGUGCAAGAAUGCGAGAGAUCUGGAGCAUGUUGAUGUGUCUCACUGUGUAGCUCUGUCUGACCCAGCCAUCAGAGCCUUUUCUUUUUACUGCAGAGGGCUAGUCACACUGCGGAUGUCAGGUUGUCCGAAGAUGACAGAUAUGGCAGUGCAAUAUCUGACAAGUGGAGCUCGGUACCUGCGAGAGCUCGAUGUGAGUGGCUGUGUUCUCCUCACAGAUCGCACUCUGCGACACUUAGAGAGGAUCUGUCCUCCACUCUGCUCCAUCACGAUGGCCUGCUGCAGAGGCAUCUCCAAGUUGGCCGCUUUAAAAUUGCAGCCACAUGUGCAGUACUGGGAGCACAGCAAUGACGACCCUCCCUACUGGUUUGGAUACAACAGGGGCCAAAUAGUGCAUCCAAUCACUAGACCCAUCAAGACGGAUGAGACUUGGGGACAAGAGCAGCAAAACAACCUCUGGGCUGACAUCCACCGACCUUCCAUAGAGCUCCACCCCUGCUCUUAAUGAGGAGGGGACGCGCACACACACCACUCCUACAUGAGGCAGGAGAAUGAGGGAUAGACUAAGAAAAGGUGGAAUGACUCAAAAGACAGAAGCACACAGAGCACGAGGAGACACAGCUGGACUCUGCAUAUAUGGCUUUGACCUUCAGCGGGCCGUGUUCUGUUGAAACAUUCAUCUUGGUGCCCUGCAGCUUCUUGACAUCCACUGCCUGCAAACAUUAAACAAACUGAUCACUGCGCAGGGCUGCAGCCAGGUGACGUACAUCUCCACAUGUGCUGAUGUCCACGUUGCCAUGGAUAGUGCCCACACCUGUAACAUGUCCUCCACGGGACUGCACCUCAACCUGAUGACCCUAAGAUACAUCAAACAAGAGUGAGAAUAUGUCAGCCUGAAACACAUCCUACUAACUCAAGAGCCCUCUUCCAUACUGAGCAUCUUCAAUCCUACAACAAUCAGCCUGGAGGGUAUUUUAAUGUCAUCUUGAAUUAGGUGAUUUAGGUCUAGUUGUGGACUGUUUGUGGCUUCUUUUGUUCAUGUUUUGUGCUGUAAACCAGCUAAAGGUGUUGUUGUUGCUGCUGGAAGGUUUUGAAGCACACACAGUAUUGUGAAAAGGUUUUAGGCACUAAAGGUCAAAAGUGAAGUUGCUUUCAAAAAUAAUGCCAUGAAUCGAUUUAUUAACCAAUUUACUUCACACAAAAUUCAGUAAACAGAAGAAACCUUAACGAAAUCAAUAUUUGGUUUUGAGCAUGCUUUGCCUUUAAAAUAGUACCAGUUCUCCUCAGUGCACACAAAAUGUUUCAAGCUAUUUGGCAGGUCGGUUGUCCCUGCAUCUUGGAGAGCGUGUCUCAGUUGCUUCUGUCUCUUCAUAUAAUCCCAGACUGACUCGAUGAUGAUGGUAUUACAUAAUGGAUAAGAAUCUCAACAUUUAAGUGCCUAAAACUUUUGCACAGUCCUGUAUAUUAUGCCAGCCAUUGAAGACACGUAUAGCGUAUAUAGUAUCCGUACAAAUGUAGCUGGGUGAGCUUUUCAGACAUGCCUAAUUUAAGACCACAAUAUCUGAUUUUGAGGCUAAUUUGAUAGUUUUAUGAAGUUAGGAAGAAAUAUACUUUUUCCACAAUCAGUCAAAUAUCUGCAAUGUGAAUAUGAUAAAUUAGACAAAUAAAUUGCUUAUCAGAAGGUGAUAUCAGUCAAUAAAUUAGAGUAAAAAUGACAAGAUAUCAGACCAUCUCCUUUUCUUUUUAUUGUA